CACUGACACUGGCAAUUAAAUAGCUGGCCUAUCUCCCCGAAGGCCCCGGUGUUAGACUUCUUCUGGCUGUGAAUUCUCCUCUCUUCUCUUUUUACAAUCUACUAAACAAUCGUGACUUUGUUUCCCAAAGUUCUUGUACACAAACACCCCUCACCGCAGUUACUCCGGGGCUUUCCAUCCCCCGCACUCUUGGUCGGACAGAGGUAGCGAAGACGACAAAUUUAGCACCACAGGUUCUCACGGCGCAACUUUUCCAAUUUGCGGGAGAGUUGUUUUUGUGGUUCUGGUUUUGUGAGAUAAAAAGCGCACGCAUAUAAUGGAGAGGUUUAUCCGUCCGGUCUCGAAACAGUUGUUGCAUUCGUCGCGGCCGCGUUAUCCCUUCCGUCUUCCUCCGCCGGUUUAUGCGAAGCGGUUGUAUAGCGAUAUGGGGCAUACGGUCCCUCCGUUGAAGGACAAGUCGCUCUUCAUUGAGAAGGCUUACGUCAAUGGGGAGUGGGUUGGUGCUGAGUCUGGGGAGACGUUCGAGGUCCAUGACCCCGCCUCCGGCUUGCUCAUCGGAACAUGCCCCGAGUUCUCCUCCGCCGAUACCGAGAAGGCCAUCCUGGCGGCCAAGGAAGCCUUCCCGGCCUUCCGCACGACCCUCGCCCGCGAGCGUGCGCGCAUGCUGCGGCGCUGGUACCAGCUGAUGGUGGAUAACGCGGACGACCUGGCGACCUUGAUCACAUGGGAGAACGGCAAGCCCUUUGCCGACGCCAAGGGCGAGGUCAACUACGCGGCCGGGUUCUUCGAGUGGUUCAGUGAGGAGGCGCCCCGCAUCUACGGCGACACGAUCCCGUCCUCGAUCGCGGGCAACCGCGUCAUCACGCUCAAGCAGCCCGUCGGUGUCUGCGGGUUUAUCACCCCCUGGAACUUCCCUGCCGCGAUGAUCACCAGAAAGAUCGGGCCGGCCUUGGCGGCGGGGUGCACGGUGGUCGCGAAAACCCCCGGCGAGACGCCGUUCACGGCGAACGCCCUCGCCGAGCUGGCGCACCGGGCGGGCAUUCCCAAGGGUGUCGUGAACAUCGUCACCGCCUCGAAGAACACCCCCGAGGUGGGCGAGGUGAUCACCACCCACCCGGAGGUUCGCAAGGUGUCCUUCACCGGCUCCACCAAUGUGGGCAAGCUGCUCAUGAAGCAGGCUUCCUCGACGAUCAAGAAGGUCUCGUGGGAACUCGGUGGCAAUGCCCCGUUCAUCGUGUUCGAUGAUGUCGAGGACCUCGACGCCGCCGUGGCCGGUGCCAUCGCCUCCAAGUUCCGCAGCUCGGGCCAGACGUGCGUCUGUGCCAACCGCAUCUACGUGCAGCGCGGGGUGUACGAUGAGUUCGCCAAGCGGUUUGCCGAGAAGGUCAAGGGCUUCAAGCUGGGCGCGGGCUUUGAGGAAGGGAUCACCCACGGCCCGGUGAUCCACGACCGCGCCAUCCAAAAGGUGGAUGAGCACGUGCGGGACGCCGUGUCCAAGGGUGCCAAGAUCCUAGCCGGCGGACAGAAGGCUUCGCACCUGGGGCCGAACUUCUACGACCCCACAGUGCUCUCCGAGAUGAGCAAGGAGAUGCUCCUCGCCUCGGAAGAGACGUUCGGUCCCGUCGCGGGCCUGUUCCCCUUCGAGACGGAGAAGGAGGUCGUCGACCUGGCCAACCAGGCUGAGGUCGGACUGGCCGGGUACUUCUUCAGCGGCAACGUCAAGCGCAUCUUCCGGGUGGCCGAGGCGUUGGAGGUGGGCAUGGUCGGUGUCAACACCGGUCUGAUCAGUGAUGUUGCUUCUCCAUUCGGCGGUGUCAAGCAGAGUGGCUUUGGCCGGGAGGGUAGCAAGUAUGGUAUCGAGGAGUUCCUGGUAGUCAAAAGUGUUACCUUUGGCGGAAUGGGCGAGCCCCUUCAGUCGUGAUUGUGACUUUUGGUGUAAUCGGGUUUCAGCGCAG